AUGUUUCUUGAGAUUCACGAUGAAAAACCUGUCUUGUUAUUGCCGUUAAAUGAUUUGUAUACGAAAUGGACUCAGGAAAGCGUGCUACAAGUGCUAGAAUCGAGUUACCAAACAAAAGACCCACCAAUGUAUACGGGUCUUGAGCCAUGGGCUGCAACAAGUGCAGCGCGUGUGCAAGGAGACAACGUGAAUUACGAGGUAGUACAGUCGAUGACCGGGAAUGGUGACAUGACGACGGUGAGGAAGCAGAAAACGCGCAAACGUGUUCAUGUGGUGUUUGGUCGUGUCACGAGCGUGAGUCCUAUCUCACGUCAAAAAGAUCGCGCGAGUUGCCAUUUCUUCGUGGAGAUUGAAAGCCAACCAAGCUGUAUUGAGUCGACGACACAAAGCACUGUCAACGUCAUGUUUACGGGUGUCCAUAGCAUGCGCUGGCGCUUAUUUCUCCGCCCUGGUAAAAAGGUGUUACUGACCGAUCUGGUGAAAGUGUUUUCCCGAGAAUGUGAAAUGUUUUUACUUCAAACAACUCACGAAUGCGCACCUGGCCAUCUUCCUGUAACUGAUAAGGGAUCAAUGAAAACAUUGGUUAUGGUUUGGAAUGAGCCGGAAUCUUCUCAAAUGAACAUUCUGAAGUGCAUUAACGAUUCGCUGGAUUUUUCAAAGGAAAACGCUACUCGGUGCAGUGGUAAGCUCUUAGAUUACGAAGGCAAAGUAUGUCGACUCUUAUGGGAUGAGUGCAUCGAGCUUCAGGGGCAUGAUGAAACGCGAGUUAUUGUUUCGCUCUUUCACUUUCCGUAUGAACAAGAAUUGGUUCGCCUUCGCAUUGGUGGAAUCCUGCGAGUCUAUGGCGCUCACGUUCUUAGAUGGCCAACACCGGUUGGAGGCAAAUUUAUGAUUGGAUUGUGCCCAAGGAGCCACUUUGCUAUCACGGCUUACGGAGAUCCGGGUAGAUCCUGCCUUGUCAAGGAAACUCGUCCUCACCGAAGCAGAGUACAAAAGAAAUGGUCGUGUUUGGGUGACUUUCAUUCUCAAUCUGCAGUGCUUUCUAUGUGGAUUCUAGAGCUGCUGGAGGUACUGAGCGCAAAGUUUUUCUUUGGAGAAAUCGAGCAAGUGCAGUUAAAAUCUUCGGUCUUGUCGUUUCCAGGGAUUCGACGCCGACGAGCAGCAGCCCAAGUGGCAAAGAAGCUGCAGUUUUCGCUAAGUGAUGACCACACUCGAACAGCCAUGACUCUUGGUGCUCUCUUUUUAAAAUGUCACGCAACAAAUGCAGAUAAUUGUAUCACGUUACAACUUUCCCCUCGUGAAAAGAUAUUGACAUCCACGCGCGCUUUAACGAUUCGCGAGCUGCAGGCUUUUGGUGAGAGCAAAUUAAGUGAAAAAACUGAAGCGAGAUCUGGCAGUGUCAGAGGAUUUGACGAAUUGCAAUCGAUACGUAUCUCGGCCGAGAAUCUUGAUUGGUGCCUCCUCCUUGCAUGUAUUCGAGGAAAUAUCGAUACUGGUGACUUGGAAGUUUGUGACCGCACUGGGUCAAUCCCCUUGCAAUUAUAUAGGGCGGAGACGGGUAUCAGUCAUAUCGGCGAACGUGGCAUGUAUUUGAUUCAAAACUUUGAUUUAGUGGUCGAGGACUACAAUCAAAUUGAAGAAGUCGAAAACGAAGACAAAGUGCCGAUUGUGUUUUGCAUUAGCUGUUCGGUAGGCGAUGUUGAGUUCGUUUCAAUGCAUGAAGAUGACUUCGCUCACAAUUUGCAAGAAGAAAACACAGCACCUGAUGCACCUGAUGAUGCACAGGAACCGCAGGAACUUGUGUUCUUAGUCACACACGUUGAUGCUUUACCGCUUUCCAGUGUUCGGUCGGCAGGGCUGCUAGCUCAGUACCGAGUUGUGCAUGGCUUGGUGUGUCCAAUCGGCGAAGGACUUCAAUCAGGGCGCUUCAUUGAGUCGAUGCGGACGGCUGAGAUAUUGGUCAACACAGAGCGCGCUAGCUGGUAUAUUGAGAAAGGCGGUUGCUAUCGAGUACAAGCACUCAAAGUCAGCUUAGAUAAUGUAAAUCGCGGUUCUUCUCAGUAUAGCUUUGAAGACCUGGCAGUUGAGCUAUCAAUUGACUACUGGAAGAAAGCGAUGGUUGCUGAGGACAACAAUCUCCUAUGCUUUGACUCACUUGAACAGUUUCGCUGUCAUAUUGGUGGAGAAUCGAGUACCCAAGAGCGUCCAUUCCGAGUGUAUCGAGUUGAAGAUGGACAGUUGGUUUCGACCAGAAUGAAAUGUAACAGCUUCGAGCGCGAGCGAUGUGGUUUGCAUGACAUAUGCCGAAAAGCCAAUCACGAUGUCAACGGUGUGGCAGUAGUUCCAGCGAAAGAUAAUGGAAGUCGUGGUGAGGAUGCGAUAAGGACCCUCAGUGCAAAGCAUCUUGUAAAACACGCGCUAAUUGAAGUCACUGUUCCGGAAUAUAUGGCGAUGAGCAUACUCAGCCAUUUCCUCCGACGAUCGGAGAUUGUUGCUGAUGUUUCUAGCUUGCUUCUACAUCCACUUAGAAGCCGAUCGCAACAAUCUGGUGAUGAUGGGAAAAGCGUUGAAGAAGGGCUAACUGAGAACACAGUGGAGCCAAAUCUACACAAGCCUCAUCUUGUCUCUAUCGUGGGAAUUAUCACAAAGAAGAAAUACUACUGGCAGUCCAACUCGCAACAGCAGUCGUUUGGCAAGGUAUUGCAAACUGCAACCGUCGGUGUGAAGCGUACACGAGAAUGUUAUAGCAGUAUUGCAGGAGGCUCUAGACGACAAUUACGAGCUAUCUUUUAUGUCCGCGAUCUUGAGCAUCUUGAUACUGUUGAAAUUCGUAUUGAUGCAUCACGCUUUAGUGUGCUAGGCACGUUACAACGUGGCAAUAUCGUGGAGUUCUCAAGAUUGCAGGGAUUCAUCGCUCGCUCGAGCUACAAGGCGUUUCUAAGUUGGGGUCACUUGACAGCAGCUCGGCUGGUACUUGACAGAGUGUGUUUACCAGCACGCGAUGCGGAGUUGUUUGGGUCAAUGCCUACGACAUUUCUAAACGACCUUUAUCACGCUACGAAUAUUGACCGAAUGCUGCAUCGUUACGUGGUCAGUGUAAUGCACAUAAGCUACGUGCUGCUCAAGAGAAAAUGUAAAUUGUGUCACCAGUCUUUGCAGCUCGAUAAGCGUCGUGGCUGUUGGAAGCAUGCAGAGCCACAAAGUGAGUCGAAGUAUUCGCGAGACUGUGCGCGUAGAUGGCACCAAAUGGCACCAUCUAAUCCUAGUUUUCGAGCCCGAACGUACAUGGGGACAACAAUGCGAUGCGUCAUUGAUGACGGAUCCGGUCAGGCUGAGCUGUUUGCCGAGAACGACGUCGCGUGGGAGUUGCUAAUGUGCACCGACGGCCAGCGUCAGCGUUUUACGAAUAUUCUGAGCAAUUAUGUCGAUGAGCUGAAAUACUUUUCCGGACGCACGGCAAACGAGUCGUUUGCUACCAGUAAGGCCGAGCGUGAUCAAGAAUAUUAUCAGAACGAACUGCGGGCGUUUGUGCUAGAUACAAUGCCGUCUCUGAGGUCAAUGGUGGUGUUUGCCCAGCAAUUCUACAGUGCAAAACAAAAGGAGAGCACCUCAGUGCUCACAUUUGGCAACGACAUUCACAUCACGACAAGGACAGUGUCACUACCGAAAUUGGAGGCCAAACGUAUUGAUCAAGUACACGUUCGAAAUGAAUUGAAACGACGUCUCGUCCAAUUGCAGUCGGUCGUGAAUACUUGA